AUGGCGUCGGGAGCCCUUCGAUGCUAUCGGGGUCAGCAACUGAGACCGCUGACACGAACGCGCAGCGGCUGCUUCGCCCAGCUGCCGCAGGAGGCGACGGUAGUGGCUGAGGCGGCGGUGGUGGCAGCGGUGGUGGCAGCGGUGGUGGCAGCGGUGGUGACGGCGGCCGGAGUCGAGGUGCCGAACCAGGUCAGCGCUAUCCCGGCACUGAUCGAAAACUGCCCGAUUUUAAUGAUGGCCGGACGGACGACUUUAGCUAUUUUGCCUUUUUUAAACUUGCAAGAUAGUCCUUAUGAUAAAGUCGAAGGUUCUACAAAGGAUAUUUAUGAAAUAGAUGAGAAUUUAACUGGAAUGCAAAGGUUAAAAAAUAUCUUUAAACCUUAUAACGAUAAUGAAUUACAUCCCACAUUAGUAUCAAUUAUGGAAUCAAGUUUUGCAAGUUUUUUUGUGGGUGGUGCAUACGGCGGUAUUAAAGGAAGCAAAUAUGCAUUGAAUGAUUUUAUAGAUAAAAAUCGUGUGACACAAUUUGCAAGUCACAUAGAUGCCAAAAGAAAAUUAAUGGAUAAUAUGAUUUUAAGUUUCGCAAAAAAUUUUACAAUUUGGGGAAUAAAAGUUGGUUUCUUUACUUCGUCAUUUAUUAUUGGACAAACGUUAAUGACAGUUUAUCAAAAUAAAACGUCAAUUUUUAAUUAUACAGUAGGCGGAAUGUAUGCAGGCGCGUUAUAUAAAAUUCCUUUAGGACCUAAAGGCAUGGUUUCGGGAGCAAUAUUUGGUAGUUUUUUUGGAUCGUUAUUUGGUGGAUUGCAGUACCUCCUUUACAAAAUUACUAAUGUCUCUGAAGAAGAUAUUACGAAGUUAAAAUAUCAAUUGUAUAUAAACCGAAAAAUGUAAGUACUCUAUAUCAAUAAUGUAAGU